AUGACCAGAAAGGGAAAACAAAAUUCCGGCUCUAACCGUGAUCGUAAUAAUAGUGGAAUUGGAAGUGAAAGUAAAGGUGGCAACCGUAACCGUACAAGAAGUGCGAACUCAAGUCAUAGAGGACGCGGAGGACGUGAUCGUGAUAAUAAUAAUGAUCGUCGUCGCAAUGAUGUUCAUAGACCUCCGCCAACACAUCUCAGAGUCCCGGAAAUAAACGCUAGUAGCGACAGAUCAUCAACUUUCCUGGCCAAUAAUGUAAUAAAAAUGCUGGAAACGUUGGUGCAACGUAAUUUUUUUGCUGAUAAUCAAGUUAGCGCAGAAGAAUUAUUGAGAAGGGAACGAUAUGCAUUUAUUCCGUCUUCGCUACGAAUAUUUUUCUUGAUAAUAACUCAAUAUCAACAAUACAUUCAACAACGACCAUUGUCUGCCACUUCAACGGACCCGUUAGUCAAAAGUUUGGAAACCAGGAAUUAUUUAUUCGUGAUAUUGGAGAAGGAAAUGAAUAAUAUGUAUAAAUUGUUAAAUAAUGGACGUAUUAACUUAAUUGAUGGACAAGAUCCAAAUAAGAAAGAAUCGAUUUCAAGAUUGAAUUCAUUAAAUCAUUAUAAAGACCUAGCCAGAAAAGUUGACGCGACAAGACUUUAUUAUCCUCCCGAUGAAUUAUCAAAUUCUGGCAAAAGACAUGAUAAUGAUUUCGAAAAAAUUUCAAAAAUCUCGGUCAUUCCUACAAAAGAAGAAAUAUUAUGUGAAUACAUGCCUUUUUUGCCUUUUACAGUUCCUGAUGAACCUCAUUUUUUACCUGAUGGAAUAGCUAAAUUACAUGAUAUACAAUUUCGUUUUUUAAGAGAGGACAUGUUAAACCUAUUCGUGGAAGUAUAUCGAUCCUAA